AUGAAUGUCUCCUGGGUAUCAAAGGCCCACGAGGUCUUUGAAGUGCAGAGUGCGCAGCUAGCUUCCCAGGCGCCUCCUGAGCAGAGCAAGGACAUCACCAGGAGGAGGAUUUCAAUAACCAAGAACUAUCAGCAUGUCUUGGCUUUGGUAUUUGCUGUAAAUGAGAUUAAUGGGGAUCCUCAACUUUUACCAAACAACACACUGGGCUUCCAAAUCCUCAACAGCUACUAUGUUGCAAGGAUGACCUACAAGGCCAUCUUGUCCCUUCUUUCCACCCAAGAGAGAUUUGUCCCCAACUUCAAGUGUGUUACCCAGAAAAAUCUAAUAGCUGUCAUUGGAGGAUUUUUGUCCAGAACAUCUGUCAGUAUGGCCACCAUUUUAUCCAUCUACAAGGCUCCACAGCUUGCUUAUGGGUCAUUUUCAAAAGUGCAUGAAGAGAAAACACUCUUCCAUUUCUUGUACCAGAUGGUCCCAAGUGAAACCCACCAGUACUGGGGGAUUGUCCGAUUACUGCUCUAUUUUACAUGGACUUGGGUUGGGCUUCUGACUGUGGAUGAUGACUAUGGGGACAAGUUUUUGCAGACAAUACUACCAAUCCUAGCCAAGAAUAGCAUUUGCUUUGCAUUCAUGUUAAAAUUACCAAAACCGGCUUACGUGGAAGAGUUUGUAAAUUUGCUUUUAAUGCAGUGGGAAUGGUACCCAGUUCUCAUGGAUGAGAAAGCCAAUGUAUGUUGUGUAUAUGGAGAACCUUCAGUCAUGACCAUAUUGAGAAUACUAUUGUUUCAGGCCCCCAUGUUUUCUUUACCCCCACUAGGAAAAGUGUGGAUUAUUACAUCCCACUGGGACUUCGAAUCAGUCUCUCUUCAAAGAAUCUGGAAUAUAGACUCUUUCCACGGUGCCCUCUCAAUUACAAUUCACUCCAAUCAGCCACCAGGAUUCCAAAAAUUCCUUCAGGUCAUAAGACCUUCCUGGACAAAAGGAGAUGGCUUUAUCCAGAACUUCUGGGAACAAGCCUUCAGCUGUUCACUGAAAACAUUUACUACUCAGGUGGAAUAUAAAAAAGUCUGCACUGGGGAUGAGAAGCUGGAGAGCCUUCCCAGGGUGUUGUUUGAGAUGAGCAUGACUGGCUACAGCUACAAUGUCUACAAUGCUGUCUAUGCAGCAGCUCAUGCUUUGCAUAACAUGUACAUGUCCAAAUCCAAACUCAGGAUUCUGGAUUUCCAGAGUGGAAAGCCAUGGCAGUUCCAUCAUUUUCUCAAGAUCAUCUCAUUCAACAAUAGUGCUGGAGACACCGUGAGAUUCAUCUCCCUAUCUGUGCAUGGGCAGGUUCUUCCACUUUCUGUGUGCAACAACCACUGCUAUCCUGGCUCCAGCAGGAAAAGGAAGGAGGGAGAGAAAUUUUGCUGCUAUGAUUGUGCUCCAUGUCCAGAAGGAAGUUUCUCUGAUGAGAAGGACAUGGAUACUUGUAUAAAGUGCCCAGAAGAUCUCUAUCCCAGCAAAGACCGAAACCAAUGCCUUCCCAAAAGUGUCACUUUCCUUUCUUAUGAAGAACCAUUAGGAAUCAUCCUAGCUACAAUGGCUAUAUCUUUCUCCCUGAUAACAGCUUUGGUGCUUGGAACCUUUGUGAUGAAUCAGAAUACUCCCAUUGUUAAAGCCAACAACAGAAGACUCACCUACUUUCUCCUCAUCUCACUCUUUCUGUGCUUCCUUUGCUCGUUGCUCUUCAUUGGACAGCCGGGACGGGUGACCUGCCUUUUCAGGCAAAGUACAUUUGGCAUCAUCUUCUGUGUGGCCCUCGCUAGUGUUUUGGCCAAAACUAUUACUGUAGUUUUGGCAUUCAUGGUGAGCAUGCCAGGCUCUGGGAUGAGGAAAUGGGUGGGGAAAAGACUGGCAAAUUCUAUAGUCUUUUCCUGUUCCUUUAUUCAGGUAGGUAUAUGUGCCCUUUGGUUAAGCACCUCUCCUCCAUUCUCAGAUAUGGACAUGCACUCAUUUUCUGAGAAAAUCAUACUGGAAUGCAAUGAGGGUUCUGUUCUCAUGUUUUACUGUGUCCUGGGCUACAUGGGUUUCCUGGCAAUUGUUUGCUUCAUUGUGGCUUUCAUGGCCAGGAAGUUGCCUGACAGUUUCAACGAAACUAAAUUAAUCACUUUCAGCAUGUUGGUCUUCUGCAGUGUUUGGGUGUCCUUUGUUCCAACAUACUUAAGCACCAAAGGGAAAUCCAUGGUGAUUGUGGAGAUCUUCUCCAUCUUAUCCUCCAGUUCUGGUUUACUGGUUUGCAUCUUUUGCCCUAAAUGCUAUAUCCUUUUGUUGAGGCCUGAGAUGAAUAGCACACAAAGAAUAAAAACAAAUAACACACACAAAAAAGGCUAUAUUGUAUCCAAAGUCCUUCAGCCAAUGGAUCCAUGCUUCUUUUACAACUUCGUCUUGCAUCUUAACUUGGAGUAA